ACUUUAUACAAGCAUGUUUUUAAUUCUGUAGGUUCUAAGGGAGAGCCAGGUAUCCCAGGCAUACUUGGAUUUCCAGGUCUCCCAGGCAUACCAGGUGUUAAGGGAGAACGAGGUGAAGUAGGAGAAAUGGGUUUGUUGGGCCCAAAGGGUUAUCAGGGAUUUAGUAUAAAUGGCCAGAAAGGUGAACAAGGUGAAGUUGGAUACCCAGGGGAUCCAGGUCGUUUUGUGAUUGGUUCAAAGGGUGAGCCUGGUAUUCCUGGAGAACCUGGUUUGAUUGGGCUUCCAGGAGAUGAUGGGUUUUCAGGAUUCAGUACUCCUGGGGAAAGAGGUAUCCCUGGACUUCCAGGAUUUGAUGGAAUGCCAGGUCUGAAAGGCAUGAAAGGGGAUUAUGGAAUUGAUGGAACUCCUGGUGUUCCUGGACAACAAGGAUUAAGAGGAGAUGAUGGUUUUCCAGGUGAUCCUGGCAGAGGAGGUGAUUUUGGAUUAGAUG